AUGCAGACUCCCGCUCAUGAGCGGAGACAAUCAGCAAGGACAUUAUCCCUCACCAAGCUCUGCCGCAAAGCAUGCCAUCCCUUCGGUCCAUCAGAAGCUGGGACUGUUGCCCAUCAAGCUGCGGUAUACGACUCGAGUCGUCCUGAACCGCUGGGUUCGAACAUCAUCGCAGCACACUGGAAGACCACCAGUAAGAUCAUCGCGCGUUUUCGCUCAUCAUCUGUCAAGGUACCAAAGACAAGUGUAGAAGUUCGUGCUGAACCGCAUCAUCGCACGGCUCGAGUGCCUCCAUCGGCUUUGGCGACGUUCACUUUCCCGAAGAAUCGUCUGACAAACCCGCGCCACUCGUCAAUAGAUGGUGAAUCUCGUCGUCAUUCUUGUCCACCUCCAGGCAGGAGAGUUUCUGUACGAUUCCUCAGUCCGGAGAGGCUUGCGACACAGGUGGACGGUCCUGCUGUAGACACUCUCAAUACCACAGCGGCCCCUUCAAACUUGGAUGAGGCUUGCUCAGACACACAGAUCAAUCGAUUGGCGAGGCAGCUGAGCGCCUUGGGUACGAAGCUAACAUCGAGCAACCACAGUGAGACUGUAAUCCGUCGUAAGCAGUCAAGCGCAAGACCAAAACUCCCAUUUAUCGAUACCAACCCCGAAAGGAUUUUGAGCAAAAACGCGCAAGAUGGACGCGUAUCACAGAGCACAAUCCCAUCCCUGCCCUCGAAAACUCGUGCCUCGAAUUUUGUUUGGUCACCCAGAAGCGCAGCCUCAACCGCAUGCACAUCACUUACCUCGCCCGACUCUGCUAGCUCUGGCGUCGGUAAACUAUUGAAUACAGGGCAGCAAACUUCGAUUGAAGCCUGUAUCCAGGCUGGCGAGGAGAGUGUGCUCCCUGUGAUUGACGAAGAUCGUCGUCGGGUGUUACGAAUUCCUGUCCUGGACGCGCCAAUCAUCAACUCGCCUACAAUUGCUACAGUUGAGAAAACAGCUGCAGCCAAAUGUGCAUUGGAGAUUCAUUUUCAAGAGCUUUUGUUUGAGCCUCAUACACCUCGCUCGCUUCGACGAGAAAGAUUUGAGAAGCGCAUCUUCGAAUUAGGCCUACCUAAUGAGCAGCGUCUUUCCGCUAGAAGGCAUUGGAUUCGCGCUGAAAGCGACCACCUCCGUCAAAUGCGCAUCUUGAAGUCGAGCUCGCUUGCUCGCCAGAGCAGCAAAGGUAUCUCCAUCGCAGGCUUCGAUGUCAUCCGUGUCCUUGGCAAAGGCAGCUUUGGCGUCGUUCGGCUGGUCACUGAACGCGUCAGAAGUUCUAUACGAGUCGUCAGCGCAGACAUGUUCAAAUCCGACGAGAGACGUGCCGGUGAUUUCGAUACAAAUAGUUCGAUUAAUAACAUCGCUAACAUGGACGGCACCGCCAAACGGGCUGUCCCGACAGGACAACCGCUCACAGAUGUCUUUGCCAUGAAGGUCAUUCGUAAAUCGGACAUGCUACGCGCGCGCCAAGAAGGUCAUCUUCGGGCAGAACGCGACUUCUUGGUCGGCGCAGAGGGCUCUCGAUGGAUAGUGCCUCUGAUCGCCAGCUUUCAGGACAGCACUAAUCUAUAUCUUGUCAUGGAAUACAUGAUCGGCGGCGACUUCCUUGGCCUCCUAACACGUGAGGAUGUACUCGAAGAGGCUGUAGCUCAAUGGUAUUGUGCUGAGAUGAUCUUGUGCAUCGAAGAAGCUCACCGCAUGAAAUGGAUUCAUCGCGAUAUCAAACCUGAUAACUUCCUCAUCAGUGCGUCGGGACAUUUGAAGAUUUCCGACUUCGGUCUUUCCUUUAGCGGACACUGGGCACAUAGCCAAUCAUAUUACAACAUUCAACGAGAAAGUCUUCUCGAGAGCCUCGAGUUGACAAUUGACGGCGACGAGCAAGAUGUGUCCGAGCAGCAGAUGUUUGAUGAGGAAGACGAUUUUCGCACAGGUCAUUUGCAUCGCCGCUCGCCAGGCUCCUCUGGCAGCAAGCGACCUACUUUAGCUGCAUACCGUGAAGGCCUGCUCCCGUAUCGCAAUCGCACAGAGCGGCGUCGUUUGGCUCGAAGUAUGGUGGGAACUACUCAAUAUAUGGCGCCCGAAAUUCUUCUUGGGCACGCCUACGAUGGUCGUUGUGACUGGUGGAGCGUCGCCAUCAUUCUUUACGAAUGUCUUUACGGCCACACGCCCUUUUACUGCGCCGAGGAUCGGCACCGCACCAAGGUUAACAUAAUCUCCCAUCGCAGGACUCUGCACUUCCCGACGAGGCCGCCACGUAUUUCGCGUCCAACUGCGACGAACCCGCUGGCACGUAGGUGUCUACCUCCUCCGAGCGAUGAUGCCGUCGACCUGCUGCGCUCCAUCCUGACGGAUAAGGAGAUGCGCCUGAGUUCACGACAGUAUCGGCAUACAGAAGCACGGCUCGCGCAACGACUGUCAGCGACAGCGUCAACUUCUGCAAACCUCAGCCGAGCACUGUGUAACCAUCCCUCUGUGUGCCACGUCUAUGCUAACGACGCAGCUGAGAUCAAGGCCCACCCGUUCUUUGAUGGCAUUGAUUGGGAGCAACUGCAUCUCCAAACGCCACCAUUCGUGCCACGCGUGCGGGAGCAUCAGUCAAUCACGAAAUACUUUGAGAAUGAGCAGGACAUAUUGCGUGAUGCAAAUGAUUCCUCCAGCAUUGCUGACGACGCAGCUGGAUCUGAUAGCGAUCUAGACGACGACGAAUGUGCUUCUACUGGUCACAAUGAUGGCAGGGAUCAAGAACGCAAUCUCGCAUUGGCUGACCAAUCGCCAAACAAAAAAGACGAAAUCCGAUGUGAUGCGCAGCAGCGUUCGAAUGCAACGCCUCCGAAGACCACUUUCCAACCCACGAGACAAGUUCCCGUUGACAAAGAUGAGACGCGCCCUCGUGCUCGAGGGCAACCGAAUAAAUCAGCAUCACCACCUCUAGAUCGCUACCGGCCAAAGAAACUUCUGAAACGUGCCCGUGACAAAGUCCUCCGCGAUCCCAACACCGCGCACAUCGUUCUCGACGUGCGCAAGAAAAAUGCUUUCUUUGGGUACACGUAUCGUCGACCAAAACCUCUGCCCCUGCUUGAGUACGAAGGCCGUUGGGGUCUCGCCUCUGUAUUUCGACAACCAGCAAAUUACACUUCUACAUCGUCGACGCAGGGUUAG